AUGCAAGCAACUCGCCACAGGUAUGGUGAUGUUUUAUUUUUAAGUAUCAGAAAAACAGAAAAACUAUCGAUAAAAAUACAAAAAGGAAAAUGUGAUCUAGAAUUUUUAAGAUUAUGUAUAAUUUACAGACUAACACCUAGUUUUAUAAAAAUAAAACUUUGGAAAAAGAAAACAGAAACAUCUACACAAUAUAAAAAUUUUCAAUUUUAUUGUAUUAAACAAGAAUAUACAAGGAGGCAUAAAGAAAUAAUAAAAUAUCAGAAAGAACUAGAAAUCUUAAUCAGCCACCUUAAAAAUAAUCUACAACAAACAGAUUUUCAACAAUUACAACAAUUUCUUCAUGAAAAAACAAAAAAAGUAAAAGUAUUAACUAUUGAAAUUCAUGAAAGAAAACUCCAAAAAUUAAACAAAGGUCCAAUUGGACAAAAUUAUGAAACUUUAAAACAUAAAAUAAUACACAAUUAUUCUUCUUAUAAUUUAUUGCCAGAAGAAGAACGUCUUCUAUGCAGAGGCUGGGACUUCUGCAUAGAAAACAAAAUAAGCAACUUCAUAGACUUUAAAACAGAUAUUGAAAUCAAUACGACAAAACUAGAACAACACUGUCAUCCGUCAGUGUUUAAAAAUAUAUGUCGUAAAAUAUACAAUUAUUCAGAUAAGCUUAUAACAUCUAUAAAAAAGAAAAAUAUACGUAACAUAAGUGACGAAGAAUUCAUUGCUCUAAAGAAACUUAAAAACAAUCAAGACAUAAUAAUAAGCAAAGCAGAUAAGGGUAACGCUAUAGUUAUUCUAGAUAAAAAAGACUACAUAGAAAAGAUACAUGAAAUUCUAAAAUUAAAACAAUUCAUAACAUCUCAUGAAUCGUCACUUAUACGAAAAGAAAAAGCAAUGAAUGCAUAUCUUUCAAGUUUAAAAAAAGAAAAACUAAUAGAAAAAGCACUAUUCUAUCAAUUACACUCAACCUCUUCAUCACUAGCAGUUCUAUAUGGACAGCCAAAAAUUCAUAAAUUAAACUACCCACUACGGCCAAUAAUAUCAUCCGUGGGAGCAUAUAAUUAUGAACUAUCUAAAUACCUUUCUAACAUUAUAAAAAAUAAUCGACCAACAAAGUCGAUGUCAUAUAUAAAAGAUUCCUUUGAAUUUGUCAAAGAAAUAAAAAACAUUACAAACAGUAAUUACCAAACAAUGGUAAGUUUUGACAUCGAGAAUCUAUACACCAACAUACCAGUACAUGAAGCAAUAGAAGAAACACUAGAUAUAUUAUUCAAAAAAGAAAAAAACAAAGGAGCCACAAUAAUUCCUUUUAAUCGUACACAAUUUAAAAAACUUCUAGAAUUUGCUGUUUGUGAAGUGCCAUUUCGAUUUUUAAAUAAGACAUACAUCCAGCAAGACGGAGUGGCAAUGGGUUCUCCACUUGCACCCAUCUUAGCUGAUAUAUUCAUAUCAAAAUUAGAAUUAAAACUAAAUAAAUUUUCCAUAAAUAAACCUCUAAUAUGGAAAAGAUAUGUAGAUGAUGUAUUUUGCAUUUUCCAUAAUUCUCAAAAAAUUUCUAAAUUUCUAAUAAGCAUUAAUAAAUGGCAUAAGAACAUAAAGUUCACACUUCAAAACGAAGAAGAUGAUGAAAUAGCAUUUCUCGAUGUUCUAAUCAUAAGAGAUAAAACUAAUAAUAAAUAUACAACAACUUUAUAUAAAAAACCUACAAAUACAAAUUUAUACAUGCUUUAUGAAAGCAACCAAAGUAGACAGUAUAAAAUAGGACUAAUACGGACAUUAGUCAUAAGAAUAUUACUUAUAUGUUCAACCAUAUCACAUCAAGAAACAGAACUUAAUACACUUAAAACUACAUUAAUACACAAUGGCUAUCCCAUGCACCUAAUAAAAAGAGGAAUACGUGAAGCCAAUUGUAUAGUAAAUAAAAUGAAUAAUAAAAAAGAACUAACACAACAACCACCAACAAAAAAGAAAAUAUACUUCAUCUUACCAUAUUAUGGUAAUGAAUCAUUAAUACUAACACAAAAAAUAAAGAAAAUUUGUAAAAACUUCAUUCCAACUUGUCACGUACAAAUUGGUUUUCGUAAAACUUUUUCACUAAAAAGUAUAUUUCUUCCAAUUCAAAAAGGUCAUGAUGAGACCAAAAAAACAAAAAAAUUAGUUUAUAAAUUAAAAUGUAACAAUUGCGAAAAUUGUUAA